UUGUGUGGGGCAGGCGAGGGGAGCGAGUUUGCAAAAACGUGUUUGAAGUAUAUGCAAGCUGCAUUAUUAAUAAUAUUCGAUUACUUUUCAUACUUUCUCAGAGACCUCCAGCUAUGCCUUCGGUUCAGGAUUGGAUAAACAACCCACUGGGCGUCGUCGACGGGAUUUUCGCCCAGAACAACUCCAGUCCAGAGUGGGAGAGGAAGGUGGUGGAGUAUUUCAAAGAGAAACUGAAAGUAAACGACGCACAGUCGUGGGUUCCCUCCCUAAAUGACGUUCCCCUGCACUAUCUGAAGCCCAACAGCCUGGUGAAGUUCCGCUGUGUGAUCCAGGAUAUGUUUGAUCCAGAAUUUUUCAUGGGGGUUUAUGAGACAGUUGAUCCUUCAACAAAUUCAAAAGUGUUGAGAUGUGGCAAGUACAAAGACGUUACAGACUGUGGACAGGUGGAUUUCAACUCAAGAAACGCUGUUACUUCAGAGAGACAGACUUUCUAUUGUGUCCCUAUACCAGGAGAAUCUCAGUGGGUGAAAGAAAAUUAUGCCUGCUCCAGCCAAGCCCGAGUGGUGCCCUCCACAUCUUACACCCCAAACAGGCACAAACGCAGUUACGAGGAAGAUGAUGAAAUGGACACGCAGCCCCAGCAAGAGAAUAAAUCAAACUCUGUAGGACUUCAGAACGUAGAUUCCCAUAGAAAUGUGGACUCGAAACGGCUGGAAACAGAAGCUCCCAGUCAGAACACUUCACCUUCACACUGCUCAUCUAACCUAGAUCUCAACUUCCCUCUGCCUGGAGAGCGGGGCCCAGCCUGCCUGGUCAAGGUGUAUGAGGAGUGGGACGGCUUCAAGCUGAACGACAUGCUGGAGGUCUUCGGCAUUCUCUCCGUUGACCCUGCUCUGAGCCUGAUAGCUGAUGACAAAGAAGCAUCAUCUCUGCUAGACCCGACAGAGAGCAUGGAGACUGUGGAGGAGCAGAGAGCCCACAGUCCACCUGCAUCACUCGUACCUAGAAUACACAUGUUGUACGCCCAGCCACUGCAGCACAACAAUCCACUACUGCCCUCUGCUGUUUCAGAGGACAAGGGAGCCUUUUUAAGUGGCGUCCUGAGUGAGUUGACAUCAGUCAGAGCGGAGCUGCUCACUUACCUCACACACAUCUUUCUGGGAGACUCGCUGGCUGCAGAGUAUCUAAUUCUCCAUCUCAUCUCCAGCGUGUAUGCCAGACGAGAUGUUCUUCCUUUGGGCAAAUUUACACUUAAUGUCAGUGGCUGCCCCCACAGCUCUCCAUACACAGACCAGCUCUACCAAAUCAUCCAGCAGCUUGUACCAUCUUCAUACCGGAUAUGUAUGAGUCUCCAAAACAUGAACAAUCAGCGCAUGGUGCCCAGAAAAGACUACACAGCCAACCGGCUGGUGAGUGGGACUCUCCAGCUGGCCAGCAACACUUCUCUGUUUUUGGAUGAGACGCAGCUUGAGCAAGGCCAACUGGACACUACAGGCGUGCGGAACAUCACAGCGCUGGGGAACUUGAUCUCCUGGCAGAAGGUUGAUUACGACUUCAACUACCACCAGAUGGAAUUCCCCUGCAAUAUUAACGUGCUCAUCGCGUCCGAGGGCCGCUCGCUCCUCCCGUCUGACUGUCAGGUGCAUCUCCGGCCCGCUUUGAGCCCACCCAACUUGGAGGAGUACCUGAAGACAGUACAGCAAGCCCAGGCUCCAUCUCAGCUCAACAAGUAUCGUGUGUACCUCACAGUAGCCCGCUCAUUGGAUUACAACAUCUCUGACCAGAUCACUAAGGCAGUAGAGGAGGACUUUGUUGAAAUGCGUAAGGAUGACCCUCAGAGUGUCUCUGCUGAGGACCUGCAUAGGAUGCUGAUAGUUGCACGAUUACUGUCUUUAAGUUAUGGGCAGACAAGUCUUUCAAGAGAGAACUGGAUUAAAGCCAAGCAAAUGGAGAUGAUGCGGAUUAGCCGAACACAGCAGCAGAAAUGUGUGAACGGCAAUGAGCCUUAAACUAGUCAUAUCUUUUCAAGUAAGGCUUGCAGAUUUGUUAACUUCAUUGUGGAUUACAGUUAAUGUUUUCCUGUUAAAUAAGGUAGUGAUUUUUUUUCUUUGUACAGCACUGAGGUUUUCUUUUUUACUUGACCCUUUUAAAGGUCUGAGAAUGCAGAAAAGGAAAUAAAUUGGUAUUUUUGAAAAUAUUUUGAUAAAUCUUGAAAUGUUAUGUACAAAUAACCCAAAAAAGUCCUUGAAGCAAAAGUUAUUAACAUUCUAACUCAAUGUUUUGGACAAGUAGGACAAAUAAAAAAAAGUUGAUUUGCUUAAAAAAAAAAA